GCCGCUGUCCCGGCAGAUCGCGCCGCUCCUCCGUCGAGGCAGGACCUGCGUCCGCGCUCCGCCGAGCCCAGGCCUGCGGGAGCCGAGCCCAGCCAGCCCAGGACAGCCGCGCCCGUGGCCCCGCGACCCGGACAGGCAUCCUCUGCCUGCUGCCCGCUCCACCCGGACUCCCCUCCCCGCCCGGGACCCUCGGAGACCGCCGCCCGUUCGCGCCCGCUGCGGAGCCAACAUGCCCAUCACUCGGAUGCGCAUGAGACCCUGGCUAGAGAUGCAGAUUAAUUCCAACCAAAUCCCAGGGCUGAUCUGGAUUAAUAAAGAGGAGAUGAUCUUCCAGAUCCCAUGGAAGCACGCCGCCAAGCAUGGCUGGGACAUCAACAAGGACGCCUGUCUGUUCCGGAGCUGGGCCAUUCACACAGGCCGGUACAAAGUCGGGGAAAAGGAGCCAGAUCCCAAGACAUGGAAGGCCAACUUCCGCUGUGCCAUGAACUCCCUGCCGGACAUUGAGGAGGUGAAGGACCAGAGCAGGAACAAAGGCAGCUCGGCCGUGCGGGUGUACCGGAUGCUCCCACCGCUCGUCAAGAACCAGAGGAAAGAGAGAAAGUCCAAGUCCAGCCGAGAUGCUAAGAGCAAGGCCAAGCGGAAGUCGUACGGGGACUCCAGCCCUGAUACCCUCUCCGAUGGCCUCAGCAGCUCCACCCUGCCUGAUGACCACAGCAGCUACACAACACAGGGCUUCAUGGGGCAGGACCUGGAGAUCGAGCGGGCCCUUACUCCAGCUCUGUCACCGUGUGCCGUCACUAGCACGCUUCCCGACUGGCACAUCCCCAUGGAGAUGAUGCCCGACAGCACCAGCGACCUGUACAGAUUCCAGGUGUCGCCCAUGCCCUCCACCUCUGAAGCCACAACAGAUGAGGAUGAGGAAGGGAAGCUCUCUGAUGACAUAAUGAAGUUCUUGGAGCAGGAGCAGUCGGACUGGCAGCCGACACAUGUGGAUGGGAAGGGGUACCUGCUCAACGAGCCCGGGGCCCAGUCCACCUCUGUCUAUGGAGACUUCUGCUGCAAGGAGGAGCCAGACAGCCUUGGGGGGGAUAUCGGACUGAGCCUACACCGCGUCUUCCCGGACCUGAAGAACACGGACAACAUCUGGCUGGACAGCCUGCUGCCCCCAGUCCGGCUGCCCUCCAUCCAGGCCAUUCCUUGUGCGCCAUAACUGGGUUCCCGGCUGUCUUUUGUUCUCCUACGCGAGCAGGACCCGGCAUCACGGUGGCUGUGGUGCAGAGAAGCGAGACUCUUGGACAUGCAAAGAGUGGGGAUGGGGCCAUCCUCGUUGGGAUGGUGGCUUCUCAUGGCCUGGCAGGACAGGGUCCGUGGGGUAAAGCCAGCCUUGCCUCCUGGGAAAGUGGGGUUCUGAGGCUGGUGACAGGUGGAGGUCUCAGACAGAAGUCAGCCCUCCAGGUUUUCCCUCUGAACCCAGCCGCCUAGAGAGAGUUUGGCUGUCACCGAGGGAGCAGACCGGUGGCCUCAGAGAAGCACAGCACCAUCCCAGGGCAGGCUCUGCACUAAGAGACAAUUGCACUAAAGUGAAUCCUGUUUCCAAAGAGCGUCUCCCUUCCCAGCUGAGCCCUGGGCACUGCUCCAAAGUCAGUGGAAUGUGAAGGAAAGACGCCUUCCUGCGGGGCAGUGGCUCCUCAGCCUCAGAGGAGUCCUGCCUCCCCGCCUGGGCCGAGGGGCUGGGGGGAAAGCAUGGCACUUUUUCUUGUGAAUCUUGCCACGUUUCUGGUCAGAGAUGUACACUAACGUUUCCCGCAGGUUCUCAACCUUUGCGUUUAUUUAUGCAGUGCCUUGUCCUGCGCCCGCCUGCCCCUCGGGCGGGCUGCAGCAGCUCUCCGCAGGCCCAGGGAGGGAAGUGUGAGCACCUUGGUAUGACUUUUAAAAUUGGAAAAGCUUUCUAACCACUAAGUCAUAUAUGACCAUAAUAUGUACAAGUGUGUAAAUAUGUACAUUGUAUUUUUAUAAAAAGUGAAUUGUU